UCUACGGGACUCUACGGGACUCUACGGGACUCUACAGGGCUCCUCCGGGACUCUACCGGGACUCUCCGGGGCUCCACCGGGCUCCUCCGGGACUCUACCGGGACUCUCCGGGGCUCCACCGGGGCUCCGCGCUCCUCCUCCGGUCGUCCUAUGAGCGCGGCGUUCAGCCCGUCCUUCAUGGUGAUGCAGCGGCCUCUGGGCAGCACCACCGCCUUCAGCAUCGACUCUCUGAUCGGGGGCCCCCCGCAGCCCAGCCCGGGGCACUUCGUGUACACCGGCUACCCGAUGUUCAUGCCGUACCGGUCGGUGGUGCUGCAGCCGCCGCCGCCGGCCCCGGCCCUGCAGCAGGCUCUCCCCGCCGGACACCACCCGCACCUGCAGGGCGGCUUCUGCUCCGGCCUCGCGCAGGGCAUGGCGCUCACCUCCACGCUCAUGGCCGCGCUGCCCGGCGGCUUCUCGCCGGCCGCGCAGCACCACGAGGCGGCCCGGAAGUUCGGCUCCCCGGCGCGGCACGCGGCGUUCGACAAGACGCCGGACGCGGAGGACGCGAAGAGCUUCCUGGCGCACGCGAAGGAGUCCGCGGCGCUGCAGGCGUUCCACGAGCCGGACGCGAGCACAGCCAGGGCCCUGGCCUCUAAAGAGGACUCCAAGGAGGAGGACUGCGGCCGGAAGGAGGACGGCUUCAUGGACAGCGACCUGGACUACAGCUCGGACGACAACGUCACGUCCGCGGGCCACAAGGAGGACGCGGACGACGGCGCGCACGCGCACGGCUCGUCGUCGUCCUCCGGGCCGGGCGGCCCCGGGUCCGGUAAGAACCGGCGGCGGCGCACGGCCUUCACGUCGGAGCAGCUGCUGGAGCUCGAGAAGGAGUUCCACUGUAAGAAGUACCUGUCGCUCACGGAGCGCUCGCAGAUCGCGCAUGCGCUGAAGCUCAGCGAGGUGCAGGUGAAGAUCUGGUUCCAGAACCGGCGGGCCAAGUGGAAGCGGGUCAAGGCCGGUAACGUGAACAACAAGUCCGGGGAGCCGUCCCGGAACCCCAAGAUCGUGGUCCCGAUCCCGGUGCACGUGAGCCGCUUCGCGAUCCGGAGCCAGCACCAGCAGAUGGAGCAGGCCCGGCCGUAG